CGCUGUUGCCCGGCAACCGCCUCCCGAGUCCGCUCUUCGUCCGUCCCCUGCGCUCAGCCCCGGUCGGUCUCCGUCCUCGGGCAGCCCCGGGCCGCGGCGAGAGGCUCCUGCCCAGGCCGCGCCCGCCCCAGGGCCGGCUGCGACUGCGGCUGCGAUCCGGUCAGAGUUUGAAUCUCUUAGCUGUUUUAUAAAGCUAAAAAGUAAGAAGCAAAACAAAAACCGAAAAGACACUAUGUCUGAUGAAGUUUUUAGCACAAUUUUAGCUUAUACAAAGAGUCCAAAAGUCACCAAAAGGACUACUUUCCAGGAUGAGCUAAUAAAAGCAAUUACAGCUCGCUCAGCCAGGCAAAGGAGUUCUGAAUACUCAGAUGACUUUGACAGUGAUGAAAUUGUUUCCUUAGGUGAUUUUUCGGACACCUCAGUAGAUGAAAAUUCAAAUAAGAAAAAAAUGAAUGAUUUCCAUAUAUCAGAUGAUGACGAAAAUAAUUCUCCAAAACUGUCUUUUAUGAAAACCAAGAAAUCAAACAGUGACAUAAUGAAAGAUGAGCCAGUAUUCUCCACCAAAAACGAUGAGGAAAUGGCACCUGACGGUUGUGGAAACAUGGUUGGAACUCCUUUAUCUGAAUCUCAAAAUAAUGACCAAGAAAUUGAAAAAGACAAAAUUAGGAUGAAACCUAAGCCCAGAAUUCUUCCUGUCAAAAGCAUGUCUUCAGAAAACAACAGCAGCCCUGAAGCCAACAACCAUAUUAAGCCUUCACCUCGGCCACGGAGCAUGUUGAAAAAACACAGCCACGGGGAGGAGAAAGAUGGGCUAGGAGAAGGUGAAAGCCCUGCCCUCCGUGAGGAAUUGGAAGCACGUUCCGCUCCUUCUCCCCUUCCAAAGCUAAACAACAGACAACUGGAAGCUGAGAAAAAAUUGGCCUCCGAAAACCUAGAUCCUAAGGAUCCAUGGUUAACAAGUCUAUCAUCAUCAUCCCUUAAAGAAAAUCUUGGAGAUUCCUUUUCACCAGAAUCUGGGGGAAAAGCAUCCGUAGAAGAUCAGAAUGAAGAACUCACUGAAAACCACAAUUCCUUGAAAUCAAAUGAAAAUGAAGAGAAUUCAUUUUUGAUAGACUUUGUUACUACGCCAAUCGAGAAAUCCCAGGAAAGUCAAGUGAUUACUGAUGACCUUGAAGAAGAAAAGGAGAAAGCUGAACUGAUUAUGAAUGACUUAACAGUUGACCCACUAUGUAAAUCUCAGAGUAUCUUAAUAUCUACUGACACAACUGAGUCUUCAAAGAAAACAAUUGAAGAUAGAAAUAUGAAGAAUAAAAAGUCAACAAAUAAUAGAGUGUCCAGUGCCUCUGGCAGAUUAAUGACCCCUGAGUUUUUAAAGAAAUCUAGUUCUGUACGGAGACCUCCAUCGACAACUACCUCUCCUCACUACUUAGGGACUUUGAAAGUCCUGGACCAAAAGCCCUCACAGAAACAGAACAUAGAACCUGAAAGAGCAGAUAGCAUAAGGGCGGCUGUUUAUCAGGAGUGGCUAGAAAAGAAAAAUGUGUAUUUACAUGAAAUGCACAGAAUUAAAACGAUUGAAAGUGAGAACUUAAGGAUCCAAAAUGAACAGAAAAGAGCUGCUAAGAGAGAAGAAGCAUUAGCAUCCUUUGAGGCCUGGAAGGCUAUGAAAGAAAAGGAAGCAAAGAAAAUAGCUGCCCAAAGAAGGCUUGAGGAAAAAAACAAGAAGAAAACAGAGGAAGAAAAUGCUGCCAGAAAGGGGGAGGCGCUGCAGGCCUUUGAACAAUGGAAAGAGAAAAAGAUGGAAUAUCUUAGAGAGAAAAAUAAAAAGGAGAGAGAAUAUGAAAGAGCAAAGAAGCAGAAAGAGGAGGAAACAAUUGCUGAGAAAAGGAAAGAUAACCUAACAGCCGUUGAGAAAUGGAAUGAAAGGAAGGAUGCUUUCUUCAAAGAAAACGAGAAAGUGAAAAUAAAUGAGAAGAGAAGAGAACUGAAAAGAGCAGAGAAAAAAGAUAAAGAUAAGCAAGCUCUUGAUGAGUAUGGAAAAUGCCUGGAAAAGAAAGAAAGGCAGGAAAGAAUUGAACGAAAACAAAAGAAGCGUCAUUCCUUUCUUGAAAAUGAGGCACUUCCUCCUUGGAGCCCUCCAAGCAGAACUGUGUUCUCAAGUGUUUUGAUAAUUCUCAUUUUUACACUACUUAGUUAUUUAUCAAUUCACCAUGUAGUCACUAUUUAUUCAAUUAGUUAUAGUUAAAAGACUCUAUUUUAAUUAAAUGCCAGCUGUUUCCACUGACAAUGGAAAAGAUUAUUUGGGGUUUAAUCGGUGAAAUAAUUGCAAGCAUUUUUUGAACUGAAGGUAAAAACUGCCUCAAAUGAGAAGCUAAUAAUCA